GGGGAGGAGGGACUCACUGCCAAGAAAAUGUUGCAAAGACAACAGAAGAUGAUGGGAAUGUUACUGAAAUCAACCCGUGGUCCAGUUCAGCUCAAGUUUGUUCGAGUGCGCGCGUCCACUCGCGCGAUGUCGCCAUGACGCAGGGAGUUGCUGCCAGCCAUCAAGCAUGUCUUUACGCGAGGAGGAAGAAGCCCGCGAUACGAUUGCCCUGCGUCAGCUCCUGACUCAUGUUCCGGACACGGUAAUCACGUGUGACCACAGCCAUUCCAUGCCAAACGUCUCCCACAUGCUAGGCGUAUGCAUGUUUGCUGACAUUUCAGGGUUCACUAAUCUGUGUGAGACGUAUGGGCAGAUGGGGACUGAUUCAUGCGGCACUGAAAGGUUGACUGCAACCCUCAACAUCUACAUCGGCAAGAUCGUGGAAGAUAUUCUUAUGAACGGAGGAGAUGUACUGAAAUUUGCAGGCGAUGCGCUCCUGGCCAUGUGGAAAUGCGAAAAUGAUGAUCCCAAAGAUUUGGGUCUUCUCAUGAAUAAAGCAAUCAUCUGCAGCCUUGCUAUACAGGAAGAGUGUGACAACUACAUGACAGACGUCGGUGUUCUUCUGCGUGUGAAGAUCGCUCUGUCUGUCGGGAAAAUGCACAUCACAUAUAUCGGGGUGCAGGACUGCAAGCACUUUGACUUGACAGGGCCUGCCGUAGAGGAUGUGAACGGCGCGGAGAAAUGGGCCACACCAGGCUCCAUCAUCCUGACCCGCCUAGCAUGGGUGAACUGCGACCAAGCCAUGUUCACACACGAGGUUAUGGAGGAUGGGCAUCACUUCAAGGUCAACGGUGUUCGUGUACAGGAAACUGAGGUGGGUGAAGAGGAGCCUUCCUUCUCCUCCGUACUCCUCAUGUCCAUGGCUGGAGUCCUGUCAACUCAGAGUGUCGCCCUCUCCACUCCAGUUGUCGGCAAGCGCGUGUUCGGGCCGCAUGUGGGUGGACACUUAAAGAAGCAUCACCCGUACAUGAAACUGACACGGAUCUACAUGAAGAAGAAAGGAGACAAGGCUGCACACAAAGCCGAGCAAGAAAAAUGCACAACGACCACAGGAAAGCUGAUGCGAACUAGAAGUAUUCAUGAUCCAGAUCAUCGGACGGACGUUUACAACAAAUUGGACGACGAGGCCAUCGAGGAUCUGCGCGCUUAUGUUUCCAAGCCCGUUCUCUCGAAGAUCGACCAUGGCCAAGACCUGGAAUGGUUGUCCGAGAUGCGACAGGUUUCCGUUCUCUUCAUCAACAUGGUCCUCCCUAAGAAAGGAGAUCAAAGUGCGUGGGCACAGCAAAAAGCCUUUGAGAUAAUUUACGAUAAUGUCAAGAGAUUACGAGGUAAUCUGAACAAGGUUUUUUCAUUUGACAAGGGCUGUACUUUCCUUGUGGUGUUCGGUUUACCCGGUGACAAACACGAGGACGACCCAACACGCGCGCUGAUGGCCGGGCACAGAAUCAUCGACGCCUUACACACAGUGCUAGAGAUCACUCACGAAGCGAUUGGUGUGACUACCGGACGAGCCUUCUGCGGUGUUGUGGGUCACAGGGACAGACACGAGUACACAGUUAUCGGGCGUCGCGUCAACAUGGCAGCUCGUCUAAUGGUGAACUAUCCGGGGAUUCUCUCGUGCGAUAACGAGACAUUCACGGCCGCAAAGUCCAAACUAAAGAAGGACGACUUCCUCCUCCUACCUGCUAAGCCCCUCAAGGGAAUCGCGGAGCCCGGACCGGUACGCGAGUACAACAGGAAUCACGAUCGAGAGAUUGAAGACAACGAAACGGAAUACCCCAUUCUAGGUCGCGAAAGAGAGUGCGAAGAGAUGCGGACAUUCCUCCACACCGUGAAGUGUGACGACACGAGCCUGGCGGGCAACAGGAGACUCGUGAUCGUGGAAGGCGAGGGGGGGAUCGGUAAGACGAGGUUGCUGGAGGAAUUCAUGGAUGUAGCGGAGGAAGAGGAGUUUAGGGUUGAUUACGUGGAGGCAGACAUGGCGCAUGCGCAUACCCCGUAUUACGUGGUACAGAUGCUGAUCACCAUCUUACUGGAGCUUGAGCCCACGCGCACGCCCGCCGAGAGGGAACACGUGAUCAAGGACCACAUCACGAAUACUGCCCUCUUAGAAGACAUCUCCUUGCUGAACGACCUCCUGGGGACCCACUUCGCGCCCCACAUCAAGUUUGCCCACAUGCUAUCCGCCAAGGUCACGGAGCACUUCCAUCGACUCUUGUUCGGUAUUGUGCACCAGAUUGCCGUCGAGCAGCCGUGCCUGUUCGCUGUGGAUAAUGGACAGUUCAUAGAUCACGAAUCCUGGGAGUUCCUCGAGGAUCUUCAGCAGGAUUCACACGCUGUCGUGCUACUAGCUUUACGUCCGUUCUCAUCUGCCAACCCUCCCUGUGAAGCUGCCGUUAGAAUGAUUAAUCACCAGAAAACCAAGAAAUUUCAAUUAAAGGGCAUCGACAGCUCUCACAUGACAGAUCUCGCCUUCCAAUUCAUGGAAGUGACGUACAUUCCUAACGCGCUCCACAAGAUCCUGACUGAGAAGAGUCACGGGGUGGCUUCCUGGUGCGAACAGUUGAUCAAGGACAUGCUAGCGAGCAGGAUCAUAGAUAUCGUGGACGAGGACAAGGCAUUCGCGAGCCAUGAGUCGGCGAGCUUCGUGAGCGAUUACAGGCAGCUACCCCCCAUAGAGACACGCCCACAGACCUCCGUCUUCUUGGCGGACAAGCCCGACGCACGACCAGGAACUCCAACCGGGAAAUCAAGAAGACGAAGUCUUUUUGGCAGAGUGUUGGACGCAAGACCGUCCGAAACCCGACGUCAUUCCAUCCCAACCGUGCUCUUAGGGGACUCACCUUCCCUGGUGGCCUCUGACACCGAAUCUCUGAGGAGUAGCAUUGUCUCUGAGCUUGAAGGCAUGAUCAGUCUUCCUCAGGAAAUUGAAAUCGCUCCUAUGAAUUACAAUUUCGAGCGUAAAGACUUCGUGAAGGCGUCGAGUGGUGUGAUGCCUAAGGAUACGCAUAAAGCCUGCAUUGUACGGCCAGAUGUGGACAUCACUAAGGUCCUGGUCCCGGAGUCUGUGAAAGACAUGGUGUUGGCACGCGUGGACCGCAUGUCUCCUGAGGAGCAAAUCACGCUUAAGUGCGUAUCUAUUCUUGGUUCAGUCUUCUCACGUGACCUCAUAGUCGCCGUGGUCCCAAAAUCCGGCGGGAAGAUGAAAAUAGACCUGGUUUUGUACAAUCUUGCGCGCGAGAACAUUCUCGAAUGCGCAAGUCUCGCUGCGCACCAUCAGCUUGCUCAUAACCAUCACGGUUUCUAUGACUACAAUGAUCCCGCGCAUGCGCAGCAACACGGGAACCAUCACCACCAUCAUCAUCACCAUAACGUGGCCACGUCACUUCACGCACCAGUCUUGUGCGGGUGUUACGCAGACGAGGGGAACAAGAUCCUUAACCUUUCGCGCAUGAUGACACCCAGCGGCCCCAAGAAGCACUGCAUGUAUUUCAAGUUCAUCAAUAACUACGUACAGGAGACCACCUACGCCGUGUGGCUUGAAGACCAGCGCAAACAGCUGCAUGAGAGGGCGGCCAUGUUCCUGGAGUCACAAGCGCACAAGUGCAAGGCGUGCGGGGGAGGGGGGUUCAUUCCGGGCGGCCUGACGCCGGAAGAGAGCCCGCAAGCAGAGCCCAACGUUGAGGCAAACAAUCAACACAGGGCGUCCGGUACCGCUCGACGCUCUAAUUCAAUUUUGUCAUCGUCAAAGCGCCGAAAAACCACCGAGAUGAGAGAAAAUGUCAAAAGCCAAGGUGGUUUCUCAUCAAGAGCUCACGAGCGCUCAAGCAUCAUCGACUCGAGCGCUCUCGCCAAGUUCGCGGAGUCUACUCGGGAAAACUUGGCAGUUUCGAACGACGCAUGGAUCGAGACCGAUAAAGAACCUCAGAAAACGAAGCGAGGGAUAGUCAAGACAUCGUCGAGUGCGACCGCUUCCGACGGCGUUGCGAAUGCAAUCGUGAGCUCCUCGGGGUAUGUAUUAAACACUGUACUAGGGCAAGCCGUCGAUGAUCGCCGGGAGAGUUUGAUCCAGCGAUUAAAAAUGAAACUGAGGGCUGUCAGGAAUAUGUCGGAUGCUACCAAGGAAUUGACGGAGGCGCAGAUACGAAACACUUUAGAAUCAGCCGCAGAGACAACAAAAAGGUUGAUAAGAUCAGAAGGCGAAGAGAAGUUUGCCGACAUGACGGAGUUCGAAACCGUGGAUCUCCAGAACUGCAAGUGCGCUGAGAUUCUAGCAUCCAUCUUCCCACAGCUCGUGCAGCACUGGCGAGCAGCAAACAACAAAAUCAAGACCAUGAGGUACCUGACCGAGUCUGGCGCCGCCUCACUUGCAACUUCCGCCAACAUGCAAGCGCUCUCCUAUCUGUACGAAGUACGAGAGAUCUUUGCUGAGACCAAAAAAGAUGAGAACACGGCCACGAAAGAGGAAAUGGCGCGAGUAGAAAACCUUAUAGGACAGGCAUUGUUUCACAUGAAUCGUCUGGACGAAGCACUGCCACACUUCAUCGAGUCCCUUCAUCUCCUUGGCAAGCGCCAACCGACAUCCACUUUUGGCGUGUACCUACGGAUCCGCCGAGAGUCCAUCAGACACAAGCUUCACGUGCUUUUUCCUGGCUACUUUAUUGGUGGAGCCGGGGAAUGCUCUCAGCGGUUCAUCGAGCAGGCGCGGUGCCUCGGCCACUUGUCCCACCUGUACCAUGCUCUCCACAAAAAUGACCGCUCCCUUAUGGCCGCCCUGCAAGGACUGAACGCGGCGGAGGAAGCCGAGGAGAACCUUCACGAGCUGCUUGUCGCGUACGCCGCAGUCAUCGAAUGCACGCAUCUAGUUGGAUGGACAGACUGGGGUGUAUUCUACGAGACGGUCGGACUGGAAAAAUGUAAAGAUCCUCGUCUGUACUUGAAUGCUGAAGACCUGGUUACUGUUGGUCAUCUUUACUACGUCAGUCUGUCCUUCAGACUCUCAAUAGGCAACAUCGAGGGAGCCAUCAAGUCAGCCCAACUGGCGCUGACCAUUUCCAAUCGAGUGAAUGAUGUGCACAUGAAGAUAGCGUGUCUGCCGCUGUAUGUACAGGCACACAUCCUCAGCGGAAAACUGGAUGACUGUCACGAGCUGCUCAAGGAACUAAAUUACACGUCCAUCGAGGAGGAAGACUCGCACGGAAGAGCGCUUUACAUGUGCUGCAGCCUCGAUAUGAUGCUAGAGGGAGGUCAGCGAUUCGAACAGAUCGACAGGAUUUCCCAAUUCACUGUGAAAGCGUCAACAGAUCCCGCCUUCUCUGGCGAUACAGUACCUAAACUCUACCUCAACGCUUCUUUCGCACUGUGGCACGCAAGACGGGAAGAGUGGGACUUGGCGGAUAAAUACAUUCUUGCUGCACUCAUGUUUAACCAGGACACCUGCGAGGCCUUUAUGUCUGUCCAUGGCCUCGUCAAGAUCAUCGAAUGUCAGCUGCUUCAGCUCCGUGCCACUCCCAAGAACCGUACCCUCAGACACGACAUGAAAAAGGAACUAAAAAAGCUGAAAAAGGCUUGCCAUCAAUUCCCGGUUCUGCAUCCCCGCUGCACCCAUCUUCGGGCCUACCACGCCCUGCUCUCCGGCAAGACGAGCAAGUCGCGGUCACUGCUGCGGUCAUGUAUCGCAGAGGCGCGAUCUAUGGGUCUGCUCCUGGAGGUCGAGUGGGCGGGGUCUCACCUGGCUUACUGGUACCGCAAGAGUCACGAGGAUCUGGAAAAGUACGACGGCACCAUUAAGUACCUUCUACCCCCCGCAAAGAGCACAGCGGAUGAGAUCAUUGCUCUCGCAGAGAAUAUCGUCAGGGUGAUGUGAAUUGCCUAUUACGAGAGGGUACUGUAUUGUUGAACUAGAUACGGGCCGGAUCUUUUCUCGUAAUGACAUAAUAACAAUUGUUUCGUUCAAAGAAACCAAAAAACUUCACUUUCGAUAACUACGAUUGAAUGUUCAAAGGAAACACUGUAAUAUACACAAAUUAAAACUAGUUAAUAUGAAAAUAGUGUAGUAGAAAUGAA